CAGCUCGUCUGGUGCGGUAGGCAAGCAUGGGUUGCUGCUGUAGUGCGCCGUGUUUCUUCCAAAAAAAGCAGAAAAAUGAGGCCACACAGGAAAAUAAGUCAUCCACGGAGAUUAACAGCCUUCUUGAUGGAAGCAGGAGAAUCCCAUCUGAGGAGCAGGGCUGCAGCCUAGAGAAGCUGCAGGAGCAGCAUGAGCAGCACCUCAGGACCCUUCAUGAAGCCCUGAGGGCUGCAGGGAUCCGGCAGAGGGAGAGCCUGCUACAGACCUACCAUCACCAACUCCGUGGCCUUGUCCAGGAUAUCAUUGACAAGGUCAAAGUGGACACCACUGCAGAUCUCAAUGUGCUUUUUGAUAUGCAACUCACAGCUGUUAUGGAGGAGCACCAGAGCAGAACAGAAGAACUUCAGAGGCAAUAUGACAAAGAGAAAAAAUCUUUGACUAAUACUUUUCAGGCAGAACAAAUGUCUUUGCAGGGCCAGGUGGAUGCGCUGAGGGAAGAACUUCAGCUAUUCAACGAGUUAAAGCAGAGGGUGGAGGAGUCUAGUCUGAAGAGGGACCUGCAAAGAAACAUUCAGGCACAAGGCAACCCUGGGGCCUUCUGGGAACAGGAGCUGGAGAGCCUUCUGUUUGUCAUUGAGAUGAAGAGCAAGCAGUUACGGGAUCAUGGAAAGAAACUGCAGCACGCCGAGGCAAUGGUGCAGAGAAAUAUCUCUUUGGAGGACCAGAUGACACAUGUCCUCCAGCAAAAUGAGGACUUAUCUGCCCGCAUUGACAACUAUCAGGCAUUGAUCCAAGAGCUGUCCAGGGAGCACGACAGCCUGCAGGAGUCCCUUAAGAGGGAGGCGCUGGUGAAUCAGAAGUUGAACCAGGAGAAGGAAGAGCUCCUAUACAAGCUGCUGCAGCGGGAGACUGGCCCCAACUUCCAUCCUUCGGCUGUCAAGGCCCAGCUGACCCCCAGUUGACCCCCAACCUGCCCAGUCACUGUGGAAAGCCAUACCAGCCAACCCUGGAACCUGACUACCCCAAGUCCCGAAUCUUUCUCUCAGACCACUGUGAAAUCUUCAGUGUACAUACAGUUCUGACACCGACCACCUUACACUUUAACACCUCUGUUACAUAUUUUAUCAACACUGUCAUGGUCAAGCCACAGAAUUCUUUUGGAGUGGACAUUUCUGAACUCUGCUGAAAAGGACAAACAUCCCAGCUUGGGUGUGGAGAAGCUGGCUGACUCUUACAAAACAUCAGAACAGAAAGAGCAAAUAUUCAACAAAAUAUAUUUUUUUAAAAAAGCCACCAAACAGCCUUUGUCACAAACUACACAGCCAUGAGUUGCUCACAGAUGUAUACUACACUUUUCUCAUAAACCUGUAUUUAAUGUGCCUCUGUUUAGGCAGGUGUGUGCCAUUAACUAACGGCUGGCUUCACAUGUACAUCAGACAGUUAAAAUAACAAACAGGCAUGAUAGAUUGGGGGUGGCCUUGUGGUAAUAAGUCGUGUAACUGAAAGUUUGCCGGUUCA